AGCCCUCAACACCUCCUCCUUCUUCCUCUUCAGAUUUUCUCUCUUUUAUUUUUAUUUUUAUUUAUUGUUUUUGCGUGGGGGUUUCCUUUGAAUUAUUUCUUUUCCUUUUCUCUUAUUCUUUGUAACAUGAAUAACAUCAGUACUGAAAUUUAACCAAGCUCUCAUGUUGACUGUUUCCCUUCACAGACCUGAAUUCUUGAGCUUUUCCCAUUAUGGAUUCAGGGAUCUUCACAAAUUCAGUAGAAUUCCUCCAUCUUGGACAAUAGCUAUGAGUAAUUAUUCUGGGUCUUCUGAAACAAGAAAGAAGGAAGAGCUAUCAAUACAGGUCCCAGCAACAUCUAUUUCUUCAUCGGAAACACAGAGGUUAGCUGGUGCUGAUCUGCGAUUUGACCGACUUCAAGUGCCAGAAAAGGAGUUGAUGCAUGACAGAAAGUUUGAAUUUGGGCAAUUUGUGGCAAGAGAAGCUGUGAUAGAUGAGGAAUAUUGGACAGCAGCAUGGCUGCGAGCAGAAAGUCACUGGGAGGGUAGAAAUGACCGAUAUGUUGAUAACCACAAAAGGAAAUUUGCAGAGCAGGAAUUCCAUGCCAUAAAAAGGCAUCGGACAAGCCUGCAUGGACAAAAAUGUAGAUGCAUUAUUAUGGUUAGGAAAGAAGACAAACAUGUAAAACGUACUGUACUGAAAGGUGUAGUCGGAACUCUUGAUUUGAGUGUCAGGUGCUUGCUGCAUGGAGAGACCUUUCCAGGGGAACGGGUGAAGGCUCCUCUCUUCUGCAGCAUCCACGGUACAGGCCCAAAUAGAUAUGGUUAUGUUGCCAACUUGUGUGUUGCUAAAUCAGCACGACGCCAGGGAAUUGCGACCAGCAUGCUGCAUUUUGCUAUCGAGUUGGUCAAAUCUAAUGGUAUAGAACAUGCUUAUGUGCAUGUGCAUAGAAACAACACUCCUGCACAGAAACUGUAUGAAAAGAUGGGAUUUGAGAUUGUUGAAGCGGCAAGCUCUCAAUUGGUAGAAGAGCAGACUUACCUCCUAUGUUGUAAGGCAUAAGAAUUGUUCUCUAAGCGAAUUCCUUGCCCAUAAAAUAGAAAUCAUUGUAUACAAGCAUUGCAGAAUACUUUAUAGGUAACUAUAGCUGGAGGUUGUCAUCCCAGAAGCAGAGUCAUGUAACCACACUGCUCAUUGCGAGCUUGCUUUAGCUAUUGUUUGCAAAGUCCACAAUUUCAAUGAUAUACAAGGAUAUCUCGUUCUUGUUGUGUUUCCAA